GAUGACCUUGGUCCUUUUUAUUCAUUACCCAGCAAAGUGAGAGACCUUUAUGUUCAGUUCAAGGGAAUUGGAAAAUUAUAUGAUAUGUGCCACUUUAGGCAAAGAAGGGAUGGUUGCUGCCAUCCUCAAAAGAUGAGCCUAUCAACCAAUCACUUCAUAAGUGUUUCUGAAACUCCUGUCUUAGUACCUUACGAACCAUAUGAAAACACGGUUCUCAUCUCAGGGAGAAGACAACCAGGUGGAGAAAGGACACAAAGUCUAAUGUAAGACUAAAAGGGUCUAAUAAAUUCUAAAUUGUGAGGUUUGCAGUUAAAGAGCUAAAGGUGUGUAUUGCCCUUGAAGCAGGCGUUCGCUUUCUUCCCUCUGCUUUUCUCCUAGCUCCUUGUUCUUUGUUUAAUCCGCAUCUUCUGCCAGAGCGAGUUCUCUGAGGACAGGGCUAUCUCUGACUCCUCUUUUUCUUAAUUAACUACCACUGUGCCUGGUAGGCUCCGGUUGGUUCUCAACUGCUGGGGCUUGUCAGCCUAGUUGUGAAUUCUGAUCCUGUCACUUAAACACAAGUUUUGCACUCUGAGCCUUAGUUCCUGGUCUAUUAAAAAGUAAGUAACAAUCGUGGUUGUUUUGCAAGCUAUGUUCUGCAUCAAGGACAUGCGAAAUGAGACUUGGGUAAUGACUAUCAAUCGUUAUGUUGGUAGCUUCUAAGUAAGAACUUGAGUAAAUAACAAGUUUUUAAAUCUCUUUUUGCUUAUCAAUCUGGUUCGAUGACAUGACCAAUCUAAAGCAUAAAUAUGUGUGUCACUUUUCAUUGGGCUAAAGUAGUGGUUUUGAAAGUAAUUGUUGGACAGCAGCAGCAGCAGCACCUGGAAACUCGUUGAAGUAAGUAUUCUCAAGCUCCACUCUAGACCUACUGAAUCAACCUCUGGGGGUGUGACCUGGCAGUUGGCUUUAACAAGCCCUCCAGUGGAUCCUGGUGUGCCAAAAGUUUGAGAACCACUGAGCUUGAGAACCUCAACCUUACGCUGUUAUUAUUUUUUUGCCUUUUUAUCAUAGAAUUGCAUGCUUAAUGGGUUUUCCAUAAAUGUCGAGAACUAAGUUAAUCAUUUUUUAGUGGGUGAAGAUAAGUGAUAUUGCUAAGUAUUUGUUAUUUUGGUCAUUUUAUACUUUAAAAAAAUCUGAGUUGGAUGAAAUGCGGAUGUGGUCAAGGUGUAUUUUUGCACAGAUACCUGCAGUUUCAUAUAUAAUGGGUAAUACCAGCCUGAAAUAUUUUUAAUAUGUAAGUAUUAAAUAUUAAACAUAAGUAUUUAAGUAUUUUUGAGACAUUUUUAUUCUUAAAUGUUUAUUUCUUUUUGAGGGGGAGAAGGGAGGGAGGAAAGGGAGAAGGGAGGGAUAGAGAGGAAAAGGGAGACAGAAUCCCACGUAGGCUCCAUGCUGUUGGCACAGACAUGGGGCUUGAACUCAUGAACCAUGAGAUCAUGACCUGACCCAAAAUCAAGAGUCAGACACUUAACUGACUGAGCCACCCAGGUCCCCCCUUUGAAAUAUUUGUAAAGUGAAAAGAAGUCAUUUGCAAAUAUUUGGGAAUCACCAAAAUGUAAGAAAUUAGUCAUUUGGCUGUUAUUCAGAUGUAACUUUUUAAAGCUUUGCAAUAUAUCAUAUUAGUAGUCACCUUUUUUUAUUUAACUUUUUUUGGAAAAUGUAAUACAUUCAGGUACAACUUUUCUAUGUAUAUAUUAGUUUCUAAUAAUCUGUACAUAAUUGGUUAGUUACAGUCUAACACACAUUUAUAAUCUUUCAUUAUAUAUUGAGCAUGUAUAAAUCAGUCUACCACCUGCUUUCAGGCUGCAAAGAAUAUCAUAUGAUUGCAAUAAUUUAUCCCACCUUUACCCUUUGAUGGCUCUUUGUUUUAUAUAAAUAAUGCUAUGAUGAACAUCUUGCACAUAAUCUUGUUUUUAUUUCUAUAGGUGUAGAGACCUAGAAGCAAUACUACUAGACCAAAGACAGUGUGUAGGGUUGUUGUUGUUGUUGUUGUUUUUUAAAUUAAUUUAUUUAUUUUGGAGAGGGGAGGGACAGAGAGAGGGAGAGAGAGUAUCCCAAGCAGGCUCUACACUAUCAGCACAGAGCCUGAUGCAGGGCUUGAUCCUACGAACCGUGAGAUCAUGACCUGAGCCAAAAUCAAGAGUUGGACACUUGACUGAGCCCCCCAGGCACCCCUAAAAAGAUUAUAGUAUUUUAUGCUCUCAUCAGCCACACAUAAGAAUGUCUCCUUGUCCCCAGUCAGCUCCAGAAUUUCUAUAUGUGGGGCUAUUUGUUUUUAGUAGUUACUUGUAUUUUAUUUCGCCAACCGAGUAGGUAGCAGUUGAGCGUCUUUUCACGUAUAUAUUAGCCAUUCAUAUUUCUUCCUGCUGUGAAAUGUCUUAUCAUAUCCUUUGCCCAUUUUCCUAGUGAUAAAGUACUGAUGCACAUUUUGAAGACUUUUGAUGGUCCACAUUGUCAGAUUAUCCUUGAGAGUAGUUACUCUAGUUUUCAAAACUCUAGUUUUGUUUUGGAUCUGAUUUGGUCCUUUUAGUGAAUUCCACCUUGCUACGUUGUGGAAUUCCUAGAUGUGCCGGUUAAGAAUCCUAGUCCUGUGGUUUAAAUAUUCUUACAGCUCAAAAUGGUAUUCAGGCCAGAGUUCAGCUCCCCAUAAUAGCCGGUUGAAUAGUCUUUCUAACCAUGUAUAAAACCUCAUGGUUUUUUUUCCCCCUCCGUCCCGUUUCUCUCUAGGAUGUUGUGUGGGUAGAUGAGAAAGGGAAGCUUACACAAUCUCCUUGCAGAGCAUAAGAGCAAAGCAUUAGAAUUCACACAGGUCUUUGUACUGUCCUUUAGCUCCUCUGAUGGCUCAGGUGAUACCCGAGGUCACUACCUGCUCUGUUAGAAUCUUACACCUAAGUGUUCAGCUGGCGAAUAGGUGGCCUAGUCACCCACUUCUUUGCCCAGGCCUGAAUUAGAAUUAGACUCUCGCUGGCUUGCCCAUCAAGGACUGGGGAUGUUUGACAUUUAACAAGCAUGUAUAAUUAUACUUAUUAUUAUGAGGAGAUUGAUACACAGAAUGGAAUUUGGUUUUUCCUUCUUAGAAAACUUUCUUAAGACUGAAUUGUAGAAGGGGAAAGGAAUGCUCUUUUUUUUUUAAUUCUGUAGAAUGGCAACAUACUUGCUUAACACUGAAUUCUGUGCAAGAAAGAAAAAACUUAAUAUAUUCCUUGCCAACGAGUGGUGGAAAAACCCUUGUGGCUGAGAUUUUAAUGCUGCAAGAACUGCUUUGCCGGCGGAGAGAUGUUCUAAUGAUCCUACCAUAUGUGGCAAUUGUCCAAGAAAAGAUUUCAGGUUUGUCAAGUUUUGGUAUAGAACUGGGUUUCUUUGUUGAAGAAUAUGCUGGAAGCAAAGGAAAGUUUCCCCCAAUUAAAAGAAGGGAAAAAAAAUCUCUCUAUAUUGCCACUAUUGAAAAAGGACAUAGUCUGGUGAACUCCUUGAUUGAAACUGGAAGGAUUGGCAGUCUGGGUCUGGUUGUUGUAGAUGAGUUACACAUGAUUGGUGAAGGAAGCCGUGGGGCUAUACUGGAAAUGACCCUAGCAAAAGUCCUCUACACUAGCAAAACAACUCAGAUUAUUGGCAUGAGUGCAACACUGAACAAUGUUGAAGACCUUCAAGAAUUCCUUCAAGCAGAAUAUUACACCAGUCAGUUUAGACCAGUUGAAUUAAAAGAAUAUUUGAAAAUAAAUGAUGCGAUAUAUGAGGUUGACAGCAAAGCUGAGAAUGGCAUGACUUUUUCACGUCUACUGAAUUAUAAGUAUUCUGAUACUCUGAAAAAGAUGGAUCCUGAUCAUUUGGUAGCAUUGGUGACAGAAGUUAUUCCCAAUUAUUCCUGCUUAGUUUUUUGUCCCACUAAGAAGAACUGUGAAAACGUAGCAGAAAUGAUAUGCAAAUUUUUAAGCAAGGAGUAUCUGAAACACAGAGAGGAAGAAAAACAUGAGGUGAUUAAAAACUUGAAGAAUGUCAGCAGUGGCAACUUGUGUCCUGUUUUAAAGCGCACCAUCCCUUUUGGGGUUGCUUAUCACCACAGUGGUUUAACAAGUGAUGAAAGGAAACUCUUGGAAGAGGCCUAUUCCACGGGAGUUCUGUGCCUUUUUACCUGCACAUCCACCCUCGCAGCAGGCGUUAAUCUACCAGCUCGAAGAGUUAUUUUAAGAGCUCCCUAUGUUGCCAAGGAGUUUUUAAAGAGGAACCAAUAUAAACAGAUGAUUGGCCGAGCUGGCCGUGCUGGGAUAGAUUCUAUUGGGGAGAGUAUCCUUAUACUGCAAGAAAAAGACAAGCAACAGGUAUUGGAGUUAAUAAGCAGACCAUUGGAAAACUGUUAUAGCCAUCUUGUUCAAGAAUUCACUAAGGGAAUCCAAACUUUGUUUCUCUCUUUAAUUGGUUUGAAGAUUGCAACAAAUCUUGAUGACAUCUAUCACUUUAUGAAUGGUACAUUUUUUGGUGUUCAGCAAAAAAUUUUGUUGAAAGAAAAAAGCCUGUGGGAAAUAACUGUGGAAUCACUUAGAUACCUGACAGAAAAAGGACUCCUACAAAAAGACACUACGGAUAAGUCUGAAGAAGAGUUCCAACAUAGUUUUCAUAUUACAAAACUGGGACGAGCUUCUUUUAAGGGAACUAUAGAUUUGGCUUAUUGUGACAUUCUCUACAGAGACUUGAAGAAAGGUCUCGAAGGACUUGUACUCGAAAGCCUUCUUCACCUAAUUUACCUAACAACUCCCUAUGAUAUGGCUUCUCAGUGUGACCCAGACUGGAUGAUAUACUUCAGGCAGUUUAGCCAGCUCAGUCCAGCAGAACAAAAUGUAGCUGCUCUUCUUGGAGUCUCUGAAAACUUUAUUGGGAAGAAAGCAUCAGGUCAAGCUAUAAGGAAGAAGGUGGACAAGGACAUUGUCAACAGACUAUACCUGUCUUUUGUUCUUUAUGCCCUGCUCAAAGAGACCAACAUUUGGAGUGUGUCUGAAAAAUUUAACAUGCCUCGAGGAUAUAUACAGAGUCUUCUUACUGGAGCUGCCACGUUCUCCUCUUGUGUGCUACAUUUCUGUGAGGAACUUGAGGAGUUUUGGGUUUAUAAAGCCCUUUUGGUAGAACUUACCAAGAAGUUGACUUACUGUGUAAAGGCAGAGCUCAUUCCCCUCAUGGAAGUGACUGGAGUUUUAGAGGGUCGAGCAAAACAGUUGUACAAUGCAGGUUAUAAAAGUCUAACGCACUUAGCUAAUGCAAAUCCUGAAGUGCUAAUAAGAACAAUCGAUCAUUUAUCAAGACGCCAGGCCAAGCAAAUUGUUUCAUCAGCAAAGAUGCUGUUGCACGAAAAAGCAGAGGCUUUGCAAGAAGAAGUGGAAGAGUUGCUGAGAUUGCCUUCUGAUUUCCCCGGAAUUACCUCUUCCACCGAGAAGGCAUGAAGCCAUCUGACAAGCAUUUUCUAAGAUGACUGACUUAUUAGACAUAUUUUUCUUAAAGACUCUCUAUAAUUUAAAAAUGAAAAAAUACAUUUUAAUUAUACAUUAAGAACUGUGGAUGAUGUUUGAAUAUACCUCUCGCCCUUCCCACUAAUAAUCCAUCUUCUUCGAUACCUGCACGUUAUUUCUCUGCUCAGAAAUCUAGUGUCCUCCACAAAAUGAGAUCCAAUUGCCUCAGCAUAUCUCCAGCCUGCCUUUGCUGCUAGACCUUUUAUUAUUCUCUUAAUACCUCCUUUCAUCAAACUAAACUAAAUCCCAAAAUUUUCCCACGAUUUCCAAACUCUUCCUUUCCUAAUUGCUUUAAUGCUAUACCCAGUGCAUCUUUAAUAUGUACGGUAUGCCCCAGCUGUCAACUAAAGAUGCGCAAAUACUGCCUCCUGGCUGAAAUUGUCCAAGUACGUCCUGAUCCCUACCCCAUACAUGCUUCUUUCCCUCCUGUAAGUAUUCUGAGCCCUUCAUUAUGCGCAUGUCCUUUUUCAUACUGCUAGUUUGAAACCUCCUGGAGGACCAAGACCUUUUUUAUCCUCUUUGGAUGCCACCCGGCACUUAAGCCCAGUGUCACACACCAAGUAGGAACCUGUGCAAAGAAUGAGUACUACCCGAAUUAACAAUUCAAAGAUUCUCUUUAAACACAACUUAAGUCGCUCCUCGUCAGGGAAAUACAAAUCAAAACCACACUCAGAUAUCACCUCACGCCAGUCAGAGUGGCCAAAAUGAACCAAUCAGGAGACUAUAGAUGCUGGAGAGGAUGUGGAGAAAUGGGAACCCUCUUGCACUGUUGGUGGGAAUGCAAAUUGGUGCAGCCACUCUGGAAAGCAGUGUGGAGG